AUGGGCGGCAACCAAGAGACAUAUAUUAGUAAUAGCGGGAGCCGGCGCCCCUACUACAAUCCACGCACUACAUCACCAUCAUCGAGCAGUAACUCAAGGUCCUCAGCCAGUUCUGUUUAUUACAGGUCAGGCACUGCAGAUAAUCACAAUGUUACCACUCAAAAAAAGAGCGACGUUGUUGUUAUCAAUCACCACCAGCCGAAUCCAGCCAAGGACGAGCCUCGAUCGUCAGACUAUUAUAGAAGAUGA